CAUUCCAAGAAUUAAUACAGAAGUCGUGCCAGGUGGUGGCCAACCGUGAAAUUAGCGAUUAAAAGAAAUGUGUUUUAACCGUGAAUUUUUUAGUUGAGUUAUUUUUUUGUGCUACAGUGAUUGAGUUGUUACUUUCAGAAUGGCGCCUUCGACAGUCACGGAAACGGAAGUGCAAACAACAGACAACUCCGCAUUCGCCGCGAGAGAGACGAAGACUUGGGAGAUAGUAUACAGAAGAGAGAGAGACUACGACCAGGAGACGGUCGAGAGAAAAUACAACUAUGACGUCAUGUUGCCGAAAAACGACCCAGCAUUUUUGAAGCCAAUCCGAAGAUGGGAGAGAGAUGUUAUGGGGUUCCUGACACCAUUGAGGUGGAAGAAUAUAAUUGCGAUCACCACUUACCAUCUGAUUGGCAUCGUGUGGUUCCUGCACUAUCUAUCCAGAGGCAUGCUGCCGAAACUACAGACUAUUUUGUUUUGCUGGGUGAUGGGCUGGCUGGGCGGGUUUGGCGUGACGGGCGGCGCGCAUCGGUACUGGACCCACCGCGCGUACAAGGCCACCCUGCCUCUGCAGGUCGUGCUGAUGCUCUGCUACUCGGUGUCUGGACAGAACACGAUAUUCGAGUGGGUGCGCGACCACCGCGUGCACCACAAGUUCUCUGAAACCUCGGCGGACCCUCACGACGCGAACCGAGGCUUCUUCUUCAGCCACGUCGGCUGGCUGAUGAUGAAGAAGCACCCCGAGGUCAUCAGGCAGGGCAGCAAGGUGGACAUGAGCGAUAUUCUCAAUGAUCCUCUCGUGCGGUUCCAUACUAGAUACUUCCAGCUCUUCAAGCUCCUCCUCUGCUUCGUUCUCCCGUCGCUGGUGCCGCGGCUGUGGGGGGAGAGCUGGGGCUACUGCGUGCUGGCGCAAGCCGUGCUAAGGCACCUGCUCAACCUGCACUUCACGUGGUCUGUCAACAGCUUCGCGCACCUGUGGGGGAACAAGCCUUACGACAAAUCAAUAAUGCCUUCAGAAAACUGGGGGGUGUCUGUGGUGGCGAUGGGCGAGGGCUGGCACAACUACCACCACACAUUCCCGUGGGACUACAAGGCGGCAGAACUGGCCUACGAUUUGAACCCAACAACUUAUUUCAUCGACCUAUUCGCUAAAAUCGGCUGGGCCUAUGAUUUGAAGAAGGCAUCGCCCUGUCUCAUUAACGCUGUGGCUUUGAGAAAGGGUGACUUGAAUUAUAAGAAACAUUAGUGUUUUGUAUUAAGGGCCUAGUACAUAAGAGAAUUUAGACAUAACUUUAUGAACUUAAAACGUACGUAGUGCGAUGGGUGUAAUGUUUGUAAAAAUAGAUUUAGUUUCAAUACUUAUGUAAGUAUGUGG